AUGGUGCCUGGCAUCUUCAGUAAAAUAAAGACAAUUCACAUGAUGUUUUCAGGGGACAAAGAGAGAGCUGUCUGCCUGAAGAGCUGUCUGGCCUUGUGUCCUUUCAAGCACGGAUCUCGGUGCCCAGUGGUCAAUACCCUUACUUUUAUCCAGUGUCUGCUUCAUUUAAACUUAAUCAACUCCAUCAAUGAACUGGAACAGGGAAACGUCCCUGUGGAGGAUGAGGCUGUCACUACUACAGUUGGGACUGUUUCAUACUCCUUGCUCUUGUGCUAUGCCAGGGGGUACUGUCUAACCCACAAGUCUCUGCCAGGAAUGUUGCCGUCCACACUGGAGUGGGGCCUGGAGUGGGGGGGCUUGCGGGUAGUUGAUAUCAAAUCCCGGUCUCUCUCACUUCCGCUCAAUCGGCUUUUGGCCAAAGACGAGUAUCUUCUUCCUGGACUGCCUUCUCCCACCCCAACCCAGACACCAAGGGGACGCGACGGCGGUUUUGGGACGCUGGCUGAUCAUCUGAGAGGAGGCGAUCCCGGCCCCGCUGGGCGUUCAGGAUCCCGAUCUGGACGCCGUCCACCCCGCCCCGCCGGGGGCUGGGGCGAAAGCGGAACAAGUCGGCGGGGCUGGUUGGGCCGCGACCUCCGGGGCACGUGGCCGCAGACAGUGCCCGUGCCGGGGCGGGGAGGCGAGUUCUCCCUGCGGCCGCGGACCCUGGAUGGUGGCGUCGCCCGAAGACGCGCCUCACCGGCCUGGGUGGGGUUGCCUUUUGCCCUCGAGGCUGGCCUGAGCGCUGGGGGGCCGCUGGCUAACCCUGAGGUAGAUACUCGGGAAAUGGGUGGAAUAGGGAAAGGGACUCAGCCCUUCCGCCCUUUUCCCCAGUCGAGGCCCGCGUCACUGCCCUGUGGGUGCAGACGCCUCCAGUGUCACUCCCCUGGGUUUCGCUUGGGCAGAAGAAGAGAUUGUAGGCCGGACCCCAACGCCGAAGCCCUGAGGCUUCUAAUGUGAGGAAAAACACGGAAUGACAAGUGUGGGAAAGAGCAAGCACUAAAUUACUGUCAGAAAAAUAAACGGAGUAGCACAGUGCUGCUCGGUGAUUUACGGGGGCAAUUAGUCACCACCCCACGGCGCUGCUGAGGACAGCACAGCAGCAGACAAGUCAGGCCCACGAGGAAGAAGAGGCUUUGCACUGCUCUCCAGACAACUUUUCAAACAACAAGAGAGGAUAUUUGAGCACAUUAGGUUUUGUGUCUUCAUUCUGGCCAUGUGAAGAUGUGCUUGCUUCGCCUUCCAUCAUGACUGAAGUUUCCUGAGGCCUCCCCAGCUAUGCUCCCUAUACAGCCUGCAGAACGGUCGGCUGCCUCCAAUCCUGAGGUCAUCACUCAUCAAGAGGGGAUAAUCCCAGGGACAGCAGGAUCUGCUUCGUUACUUGGAUUUAGGAGCCAGAAACCCAUCAGGCAACUAAACAGUAACAAUGACCCACCAUUAAACACACUGAGAGAAGAGCAUGAUGAAGAGUUUGUACAAGAAGAAGCCAGGAGCACUUGCUGACAAUGCUUACAGAGACGCAGGCUUCUAUGAGCUCUGCCUGUUGAACUGCAGUAAAAAUAGAUCUCCUUCCCCAGAGAGGCUUGGAUGUGGGCACAAUAUCAGUUCAGACGAUGGUCAAUGCAUGUACUUAAUAGAGUGAAAAGACUUUGGACUGUGAAGUCAGAUUACCUGGGUCUGAAUUGUUAUUCUUCUACUUCUUUGUAGUAUGCUUUCACCACAUUAAAAAUUGUCUGAGCCUCAAUUUUUUUAUCUGCAAAAUGGAGCUAAUACCUACACAGGGGCUUUUAAGAGAAUCAAAUGCAACAAUGUUUGAAAAAGCAACGUACUCCCCUUUAUGGAAAAAGAGCCUGUAAAGGAACCAAUACAAUGGCUGGGCGUGGUGACUCACACCUGUAAUCCCAGCACUUUGGGAGGCCGAGGUGGGUGGAUUGCCUGAGCUCAGGAGUUCGAGACCAGCCUGGGCAACAUGGUGAAACCCCGACUCUACUAAAAUACAAAAGAUUAUCCCGGCGUGGUGGUGUGCACCUGCAAUCUAAGCUACUUGGGAGGUUGAAGCAGGAGAAUUGCUGGAACCUGGGAGGCAGAGGUUGCAGUGAGCCAAGAUCGCACCACUACACUCCAGCCUGAGUGACACAAGACUGUGUCUCAAAAAUAAAUAAAUGAAUAAGUAAAUAAAUACAAAAUAAAUAAAAUAAAGAAACCAAUACAACAAAGGCUGCUCUCAACAUUUUCCCUGCUCCUAGGCACUCAAUAUCAGAACAUAGGCUUCUUUCUUUUGCUCAGAUACCAGGGAUAAGAAAUGAGAGAGAGAAGAGAGAGAGAGAGAGAGAGACAGAGUAAUGUGGAAAGACAGGAAGCUAGAUUCUGGCUCUUAGAGGAAAAAAUUCACCCUAAAUAAUUUUCAGAUAAUGUUGCUCUCCUUUCUCAAACACUGGGGCCACAGGCAUUAUGCCAAAGGAGUCAGCAGCCUGGCAGAUAUUUUAAACUGAUUCUGAGACUGAACGACAGCCCAUUUGCACCAUAUGCCACUGACACGUUAAUCUAGGCAAGGAUGCUAGGCACCUGGGGAAAUCCAUGCUGAAAUGCCAUUUAGGCAGGACAUACCAACUCCAGUGGCAGAAGUUCAUCAAAACAAACAGGCAGGGUGGCCAAGAAGAUAGAAGUGGAAAGCAGGAGUGAAGGGGACAUGCAGUGUCCAAGGCACAAAAGGUGUUCUGAGUUGCAGACACUUCAUUGUGCUUCUAGGAGAGCUGCAGAUUCAGCAAGACAUUAAAACUGGGUAUUUGCAGUCUGGACAAACAAGUAUCUGCUACUUUUGCAUCAGUUAUUCUACAUGGCCUCCAACCCUGUGACCCUUCUAUCCAUUGGCAAAUACUGGGCAAUGCUCCAGUUCACCAGAAUGGCCUCCUUUAUCCCUGCAGUUUCAUUGUAAAAAGCCCAAGCAAGCGGCUGCCGAGUGACUCUAGUAGUUGCUCCGGUGUCAGACUUUCCAGGAUCCAAUUUGGUGGGAGCACUCUGGGCCUUUGGUCUCCCUCUACUCUUUGCCAGGCCCUGUUUCUUGGUUACUCUGAGCAGUAAUGAGCUUCUCCACCCCAGCAUGAGGACAGGCUCACAGCCAGCACAUGAAAAGGGCUGUGCUCAUGUGUGGCAAACUACUCUAUUUCAUGGGCAGCUCACACGUCUGUUUUUUUUUUUCCUUCUUCUGUGAUGCAACUACACUAAUGAUUUUUUAAAGUAGGAAUAAGGCAGUACUAUGGCUUUCUGGGGGAAAAAAAGUCACACAGCAGGAAAACUGCAGCAGAUAUCAUCAAAGAAGCUCAGAAUAAAAUGCCCACCCAUUCUUGUCAUUGGCCCAGAUGAUUUUCCAGGAGGAAAAGGAUCAUUCUAACAGGCAUCUUAAUAAACAAAUAGAAUCAUUACCUUCGUUAUUUUCCUCCAGGCAAAUGAGGCUUAAAAAAUCAGCUCUUCCUGUUAAUGUUAGUUAUUUUUCAUAGUCAGAAGAAUCUGAAAGAUCAUAAAAAUAAGAUUAGGCCACCAAAGAAUGUGGAUAAGCAGUUCAGAGAUGUUAAGCGCGGGCUCUGGAAUCAGCUUUUGGUUCAGAUCUGGAGCUCUGUCCCUUACCCUCUGAUGACCACUGGCAAUUUACUCAACCUCUACCCCCAGUCUCUGUUUCUUCAUACAGAAACUUGUAUGAAUAACUUAUACAGAAUAACCCCACCUGUACCUUGUAAAGAAUAACCUCACCUGCCAGGGUUGUUAAGAGGAUUAAAAGAGAAGGUAUGUGUGUAGCAAGGAGCACAUUUCCUAGCACAUGGUCUGGGUACUUAUGUUCAAAUGAUAGGCCUGAUCUUGGAAACCACAUGUCACUUAUGUGUUGUAAUGUAGACAGAUUGUUUCUGUGGAUUCUUCGCAAAGACUAAGUAGAUGUUCAAAUGAGAAAAUCAUAGGCAUUUUCUGCGCAUUCACCACUACACACAUCGGGCUGUGCUGUGUAUUAGGAAAGAUUUAUAAGAAGUAGAAGAGUUAGUUUUUACUCAGGAGUAGCUUAAAGUCAACCCUGAAGAACAGUAAUACCACUCUUAAUUCAAGACCUGAUGUCCAGCAACCCCAUGCCUUUACCCUAUGCACCCAGAAACCCAUCUUAAAUGAGAUCUAAACACGCUACCACAGUAGUGGCCUAACUGAUCUCCCCGCACCCCUCCUUGACUUCAUAUAGCCAAUCCACAGAGCAGCAGAGGACUCUAUAUAAUGUAAAAUAAAUCAUAUCAUCUCAGAAUCCACUGAUGACUCCCUACCUCACACAAAAUGGGACCCAAAGUCCUCAUUCUACCUGCAAAGCCCAUCAUGGUUUGAGCCCCAUUACCUUCCUGAUCACUUCUCUUCCUGCUUCCCUCCUUUGCUCGCCCCCUUCCAGUCACACUACCCUCCUCAAACACACCAAGCUUGCUCUCACUUCAGAACAUCUGGACUGCUACUUUCUCUCUCUGGAAUGCUCUUGUCCUAUGUACUCAUAUGGCUUGCUCCUUUACUUCAUUUAGGUUUCUGCUCAAAUGUCAUCUAAUCAGAGAAAGCUUCCUUGAUCAUUCUUUUUAAAUAGUCACCCAAUCCUGCUAUUCUCCGUCUCCCUACUCUGCUUUAUUUUUCUUCACAGAGCCUUCAAGACUUCAUAAAGGAAGGUUAACGUAAUGAGGUCCAGUCCUCACUGCUACAACUGAUCUCAAUGCCAUAAUUAAUAUUUGUCACCUUCAUCUUCCACCCCUAUUCUAGUUUUGCCUCACCCUUUACCAACACCUCAGCUGGUCUAGGGUGCCUCCCAGCAACCUAGGAGUCAUCUAAGAGUGACUCAGACCUUCACCCACAAGGGGACUGGGUUGCGUUAGCCCCUGUGGGCUGAGGUUGCUGCAGUUGCCAAUUUACAGUUAUCAAUGGACAUUGGAGUUAUCACCAAGAGAUGCCCCAUUAAAUCCCUGGGUCCUAGACGUACUCCCUUCUGCCCUAUUGCCUCCAUUGUGUAAUAGCAACCCUAUUUCCUCAUAGGAAUCGGGGUCAAUUGCUUAAUAAAUGUUUCACAAGUGGAUCAUUGAGAAUGGUGAAAAGAACCAAUCUUAUUUCCACCAGUUGAUUCCUGGACCCGUAUAUUAUAGCUAGGAGAAAAUCACCACUGUUUGUUCUGUGCAUAUACUGCAUGUUGGAGUAUACAGUUCAACCCCAUAGGGUAUUAUGCCCAAGCUAGCACCUUAACUAGGCUCUUCCAUUAUUCUACUAGGCUGGCUGCCUCUAGGUGAAGAAGUACAUUGUAAGAUCAAUCAAUCCCAUGAUCAUGUGCCCAUUGUCACAACCCUCUUACCAUCAAAUGGAUCUCUUAGUCUGAGGCACAGUUGUGUGGAUUCCCAUUUCAGUAAAGAACACAUUCCGUAAGUCCUCAGGUAGCAGUGUCAGCAACAGCACUGACAUCAGGGAAGGCAAAGCCAUAUCCAACUAGGUGUCAAUUCUAAUAAUGGAAUUAGGUGUGAUGUCAUCAACUUGCCACCAAGUGCCUGGCUAGUAUCUCUGAGGAUGGUGCCUUAUCUAUGCCAGCCUGUCCUCUGGCAGGAAAAAUAUUCAGCAAUGGCAGGAGCUAUAUCAGCCCUGGUGAGAAGGACUUGAUACUGUUGUGUCCAUGCCUAGUCUCUACUCCUGUCACCAUGGCCAUGCCAUUAAUGAGCCAAUUGCAAAAGUACUGGAAUGGCCAUGGAGAGACACUGACAUCCAGAAGACAAAAGUCAUCCUGUCUACUUGGUUGUUGAUGCUCUAUUGAUUCACUAUGGUGGAUGCUCAUGGACAUUAACAUAGGAUUUAAAAAAUCCUCACCCUUUAUGCCUAUCCUCAUAGGUCCAUCCAUAUGCCUUGGCCCUAUACCUCCUUAUAGACAAAGCUGAUAAAAGCAGACAUUAGAAAGCUAGUCAUUAUCGUAGGCCUCUGAAUGUGACUCAGAGUUUUCUGCCCAAAAGCCAGAAAGGGCAGCUCUACUCACCAGAUCCUAUCUUUAUUAGUCAAGGGUUGCCCCAGGGAAUGUUAAUUCUCUCAAAUGUCUAGAUUUGCAUUCUAGGUUUGCAUAUGUGUGAGUGCUCAGGAGAUUCCAGCAGACAUCUAUUCAGCUUAGAAAAACUCAGGCUAGAGAGUGGAACAGAUUCACAGUGCAGCUGAGACAAGAUCCUUAUCUGGUUAUACCUGGGCAUAGCUGCUUGCUGCAGCAAAAGUUGGAAAAAAUGGUGGGUUGAGAGGAUAUGAGAUGAAGCCUAAGAGGUGUCUGAUAUACCUUCAAAACCUGGGAAGGCAGAUAUGACUGUGAGAAAGUGUUAAAUUAUGUAUUUCAGCUAAUUAGAUAAUACGGUAUUUAAAAAUAUAUGCUAAUUGUGUGGUGCUGUCAACAAACGCAAGAUUUGUUAGCAAAGGAAGAGAUCAAUUGGGCUAGAAUUGGCAGGAAAGGAGCUGGUGUCUUGAGCCAUGGCUGGUGGGGAGCUGAGGAUUCUGAGUAGAGUCCCUCCAUGUUAAGGAAGGUGAAUUGACAAUGCCCUGGAGAAGAGGUGGAGUCAAGCACAGGACAGACAGACUGCCAUCUUUGUUGUGAUACAGUGUAGUACAUGGCUAAAUAAACAUGCUUUGGAGUAAGACAGGUCUGUUUUGAAUCAUGGCUGUACUGCUUGGGUAAGUUCCUUAAGCUCCUCACACUUUAGUUUCCUCAUUUGUCUAAUGAAAACAGUGCCUACUUCAUAGAUUCAUAAUGAGGGUUCAAAUAAUUAAUUUACAUAAAAUACUUAAAAUAGUGCCUGGUACAACAUAAGCCCCAGCAAAGAUGAGCUAAUACUAUUAAUAGGGAAAGUACAAACAAUGGCUUUUUAAAAGCGAAAGGAAACCUAACUAGAACAAAAUUAUAAGAAUAGGAAACACUGGGCAGUAAAGGGAAAACAGAUACAUCAUAUUUUCAUACAGCACAAAGUAACUGACUUUAAGGAAAGUUCCACAAAAAGUAUUCCGUUAUGUCCUGCAAAAAGUACCUGGAGAUGUCUGAGGCAUCUUGGAGACACUCAGCAGAAAUUCCUUUUAGCCUCAGUGCAAAGAAAACUAACCAAACAAUAAUGGCGAUGUUGACAUUAUCAGAAAAAGCAAUGGCAAAAAACCUGUUGGUAGCACGUCUUCUUUUGGAAUCUAUAGGACAUAUGGGUAGCUUGGGCCUUUCGUCAUUUCUCCAGUGUAUGGCUGGAUUAGCCAGGCAAAUGCAAUCUGCCUCCACAUCAGAAGGAGAAUAUUUCCAGGCAGAAAGGGCUGCAGCUGUCACCGACGAACUCCAGGCAUCCUGGGGAUAGAAUGGUUUGCUGCAGCCAAGUUUUUUGGGGAAAAAUACUUCUCUUCUUACCUGAGCUGCCUACUAGUAUUCCUUUGCUCAUAAUUUGUAUGAACAGAACAAUUGUGUUGAUGAUUCCAUGCACUGAACAGGAUUGAGACACUAUCAAAGCAUUUGGGCGUUGGUUUGACAAGUUAUCCAAGAUAUCACGAAGAGUUUCCUUUUUGGUCUUCUGCCUUCAAGGUGCACCCUCUCCAAUGCUAAAGUUCUUUGUGAAUCUGCCUUGGCAAUUAGCAUGAAGAGAUAAAUGACCUUUGGCAAUCAUUAGCUCCUUAAUCAUCAUCUGCCUUCCCUUUAUUCUCCAACAGAUCCUGACCCACUUCAUUUUUGUGUUAUAAAAACCUUCCAUUAUUUUCUGAGUUCAAAGGGCCUUCUUUAAAUCUUUUCUUUUAUUAUAAAAGUAAUACUUGCUUAUUAGGAAAAAAAAAUCAGAGAAUUUACAAGGUUGCAAAGUGAAAAGUAAAAGAUUCACUCCCCACUUGACCAAGAAACACCCCCACCCUACUCCCUACAGGUUCACCAUUGACAAGAGUGAGUUGGGUAUGCUUCCAGACAUUCCCCUUUUUUCGAAGGGGAUUGUACCCCCUCCACACAACUCACAAGCAGUGCUGCUUUGCAACUUACUUUUUUAUUGAACAAUAUUGGGAAUGUCUUUUCAUGUGUUCAUAUAGAUUCAACUCAUUAUAUUUAAUGAGUAAAUAGUAUUCUAUUGUGUGGCUUACCAGGAAUUUUCUAACAAGUCCCUGAUUAAUGGGAUACUUAAAGAUAUUCUCAAUUUUUCUCUGUUACAAACCAUUCUGAUAUGAACACACAUAUAUAUAUAAUUGUGUACUUGUGAAAGUGCAUGUCUAGAAUAAAUUCUUACAAGCCUA